AUGGAUUCUGCAGUGGUGUUGAAACUCAAUUUGAAAUCCAGAAAGCCAAAAAAUUCACAAAGCAUUGCAAUGGUGACGAUGGUGUCAGCGUGGUCCGUGUUAACAGCAUUAACCACUGGAAUAAUGAUAGCCCACACCAUCAUAGACAAGUUCAUACCUCCUCAGUUUCGUGUCCACAUUGAAAUAUUGACUCACAGAAUCAUAGGCUUUCUAUCCCCUUAUAUCCAAAUCACAAUCCCUGAAUUCUCCGGCGAACGUCUAAAACGCAGCGACGUUUUCACCAACAUCCAAAGCUACCUCAGCGAAACCUCUUCCCAAGGCGCCAAAAAGCUCAAAGCCGAACCCGCAAACGACAGCCACAACCCCUUUUUGCUUUGCAUGGACGACAACGAACAAGUCACCGAAACUUUUAAUGGGGUCAAACUCUGGUGGCGCUCACACAAAACCAUGAUCAAGACGCAGUCGUUUUCUUUCUACCCUGCUUCGGAUGAGAAGAGGUUCUACACCCUCACCUGUCACAAGCGUCACAGAGAACUCAUCGCACGCUCUUACAUCCCACACGUGUUGGAACAAGGCAAGUUCAUCAAACUUAAGAACCGCCAACUUAAGUUGUUCACCAACAGUUGCAACACCGGUUGGGGAGGUUAUCAAAAAGCAAAGUGGAGCCACGUGGCGUUUGAACAUCCUGCGAGGUUCCAAACUCUUGCUAUGGAACCAAACAUGAAGGAGGAGAUUAUUGAUGAUCUUGUUACGUUCAAAAAUGGGAAAGAGUACUAUGAUAAGAUUGGUAAGGCUUGGAAGCGUGGUUAUUUACUAUAUGGUCCUCCUGGGACUGGUAAAUCUACUAUGAUAGCUGCUAUGGCUAAUUUUUUAUACUAUGAUGUGUAUGAUCUUGAUUUAGCAACGGUUAAGGAUAACGGUCAGUUAAGGCUGUUGUUGAUUGAAACAACGGCCAAGUCUAUUAUUGUGAUUGAAGAUAUUGAUUGUUCUCUUGAUCUUACUGGGAAGAGGAAGGUGAAAAAGGGUGGUGACGAAGAGGGAGCGAAAGAGAACAAGGAUCCUAUUAAGAAAGCUGAGGAGGAAGAGAAUAAGGAGAGUAAGGUGACUUUGUCUGGGUUGUUGAAUUGCAUUGAUGGGAUUUGGUCGGGUUAUGCAGGAGAGAGGAUUAUAGUUUUCACGACCAAUUAUGUGGAUAAGCUUGAUCCUGCUCUUAUUAGGAGUGGAAGAAUGGAUAAGAAGAUUGAGUUGUCUUAUUGUUGUUACGAGGCUUUUAAGGUUCUUGCCAAGAAUUAUUUGGAUGUUGAUUAUCAUUGUUUGUUUCCUGUUGUUGAGGGGUUGUUGAAAGAGACCAAUAUGACACCUGCUGAUGUUGCUGAGAACAUGAUGCCUAAGUCAAAAAGUGAUGAUGUGGAGAGGUGCCUGAAGAAGUUGAUUGAGUCUCUUGAGAUGGCUAAGAAGAAGGCUGAGGAAGAAGAAGCGCGGUUGAAGGAAGAGAAGAAAAAGGAACAGGAAGUGAAGGAAGAGGCCAAGACUGAUGGAAAAUGUGAGGAAGAAGUGAAGGAAAAUGGUUUCAUCAAUUGA